AUGCUCUCCACCCGUCAUUUAGUUAUUCUCGUCGCCCUCUUGGGUUCGAUCGUAGCACCACAGAGCAAUCAUGGUAACUUCCGGCCAAAACUGACCUCUUCUAUUCAUAAAAAUGUUCAGAUCCACUCUCCUCGUUCCCAAUAUGCGUUCCUCCCAUGCGAGUGUGCGAUCAAAAUAUGUCGAGCGGUCCGAAGUGCUACUCGGAGCAAUGGCAUUGUGACGGUUACGCGGACUGCAAGGACGGAUCCGAUGAGCCGCCCACUUGUGGUAAACUUCAGUUCAAUAUGAGUAAAAACUGCAAAAACUCUCAUUUUCAGAGCGGGUAUGUCUAGAAAACGAGUUUGUGUGCGAGACGGGUAAAUGUCUUCCUCGUGCCUACGUCUGCGAUGGUCAAAGUGACUGUGGUCGGCUUUUAAACGGAGAAAGAGAUCUUUCGGACGAAGAUCCCGAAAUCUGUGAGUCUUUUAUUCUUUUUCUCCCUUCUACGCCCAGAUUACAGGCAAACAAGCGCUACAGUGCGAAUACAACGAGUAUCAGUGCGCCAAAACUCCUCAAUGUGUGGCUCUUUACAAGUUUUGCGAUGGCAAAAUGGACUGUGCGGAUGGUUCGGACGAGCACGCAAUGUGCUCAGUGUCCGACACAAAGAAAGCGGACGAAUGCGAGUACGGGGCAGCGAUGACGAUCGACGGAAUCAAGUGCUACUGUCCGAACAAUAAGUAUCUGAACGAGGACGGGAAGUGCCAGUUUGUGAACCACUGCGAUCGACAAAAGAACGGUCUGACUCCGGUGUGCUCUCAAGGUUGUACCGAUAAUCAGAACGGCUCGUUCACGUGCUCCUGCUUCGACCCGCGUCUUGUCUUGGCAAACGAAACACGCUGUGUAGCCAACAAAGAAGGUAUUGAAAACGGAACAUUUUUGUCACCUUGGGUCAAGAGAUAGGGAAUUUGAUUGAUAACAAAGAUGAUUCUUACACUAUUUCACAUUUCAGUUCUCAACCCCGACAUCGCGAUUCUCACGAAGCAACAACUGUACGUCGUCCAGAAGAACACGAUGGUCAACUUCACGAGCAUGCCCCGCCCACUCGGAAAGCCGGGGGCUCUCACACUCGUUUUCCAGCAUCCAGACUUUCCGAAAGCUACCGCUCCCGUACUGUGUCUCACCGAAUCGCCCACUCCGAACGCCAGCUAUGUCACGUGCGGGAACGUGGAAGGCCCCGAACCGGCGACGAAAUCGUACGCCGUCGAUUUUGAUCUUCCCGCAAUCAACAUGAUUCGUUUUGAUAACAUCGGAAACAACUGGAUCUUCACCGACGCCUCCUACUACAUUUUCAUCUGCAAACACGAUAUUGUCCGCAUUUCCAAGUGUCACACAUUUGCGGCCGGAGACAUGGGCACUCUACAGGACGUGGCUUACGAUGCAUUGAACGGACAACUGUUCGUCACGGACAGCGACUUUCUGUAUCAAGGGAUCUGGAGGAUUGACGUGGCAACAGGGACCAGAUUCAGACUGACGGCACAGCCAAUGACUUCCCCCGCGUUGACUAUUGACCCGAUGACGGAAAGACUGUACUACGUGGAUAACAGUGCCAACGUCAUCAGAUCAAUGGACUACAACUCGAGUUUCUCAAGGAUCGCCGUUGACGGAAGAAUUGCGAAUCAAGUAAAAAUAAUGGAUUUCGCGGAAGGAAAACUUAUUCUGAUACUGAAGGACAAUCGAGUAUUCCUCGUGGAUGUUCUGAAUCCAGAUAUGAAGCACUGGCAAGAGAUGACUCCGCCCACGAAUGGAGGAAAUAACAAGGUGAUUCUGAAAGUAUUGCACUUCCGGAAAAACGAACACGCGUGGAAGAACAAGGGGAAGAACGCCUGCAAAGCAGCUGCGUGUGACGAUAUCUGCAUCGGGCACAUCAACACUACCUCUGCGUGCCUUUGUAGAGACGGGAUGAUGAAGAAGGAUAACAAGUGUAUUGAGAUUGAAGCGAACGGGCUCCGAGACAAAGUGCUGUUGGUUGUGGCUCAGCUGAGACCGCCCCGUGUGAGAGUGCUCGGAUUCGACGAGGACUACAAGACGCAGGAGAUCGGAGUGCCCGCUAUUUUGGCCGCGAGAAGACCGAGUGCACUGACCUAUGACCCGAAAGGACAGCGGAUGCUCAUUUACGAUUUGAAGAGACAUUCUCUCGUCGUCCAGAAACUGAACGAAUUCAACUUCACUGUGCACGGAUUCGACGGAGUGAUGAACUGCGAAGGGAUGGCCUACGAUCACACCUCCGACAAUCUGUACAUGACUGAUCAGUUCAAGAAGACGAUCACAGUGACGAGGCUCUCGAAUCUUUCCCUUCGUAAGGUGAUUGUUAGUGGGAACAUGAGCAAUCCAAGGGCGAUCGCCAUUCACAUCGGGAAGAGCUAUCUGUUCUGGGGUAGUUGGAAUGAGGAUAAGAACGACGAGAAAUUUCCGGCAAUGAUCGAGCGGUCAAAGUUGGACGGAACUGAGAGAAAGGUACGAACCGCAAAGCGCGUUCAAACUUCAGUCUUUAUAUCAUUUUCAGACUUUGGUGGCCAAGAAUGCAAUGUGGAUAAACGGAUUGACUCUGGAUACUCAGAAUGAUUUCCUCUACUGGUGUGACGCCUACAGAAACGUCAUUGAGAGAAUCCGAUGGAACGGAGCGGACCGGGAAACGGUAGUGCAAGGCGUGAACAAGGUGAGAACGUCCGUUCCUUUCGGUCAUCUUUAAGUCAGAUCAUUUCAGCUUUCGCAUCCAUACGGUCUCGCAUUCUUUGACAAUCACAUCUUCUUCUCCGAAUUCAAACGAGGAGCGGUGAAGAGAGUGAACGUGGAUUUCACAGAUGAAGUUCAGGAGAUCUUCCAAUACUCGGCCACUAUUUUCGAGCUCUCAGUGUUGAAAUUAUCCGCUCCGAAUGGUAUGGCUCCUUCUACUCCAUAUUUAUUGAAGUUCUCGUUUCAGAGACUUCUCCAUGCUCCACGUCUUCUAACAAGUGUGAACACUUCUGUUUUGCCAGUUCGUGCAAAGGAUCAGUCGGUUGUGAGCCUGUCAAAUGUGGAUGUACUGAUGGAAUGAGAGCGAACAAAGACGGAACGUGUGUGAAGGACAGUGCGUGGGUGGAUCCGUUCAAAUGCGAGAGCGAGCUGGAGUUCUCAUGCAAUAUCAGUAAGAAAUGCAUUCCGAAAUCGAAUCUUUGCGACGGAGACGACGACUGUGGAGACGGAAGUGACGAGGAUCCGAAUGGAGUUUGCAGUCAGUUCUCACUUCUCAUUUCCUAUUUAUAAGUUCAAAGUGUUCCAGAAAACUACAAAUGCGUCGGCAACAAGUUCCAAUGCGAUGCCACCACCUGCCUUCCAAUGGAAUUCAUUUGUGACGGGAAAUCCGAUUGCUAUGACGGCUCUGACGAAUCGUCGGACACAUGCAAAUCACCUCCGAAGGUUGCGUGCUCUAAGAAUCAAUUCCGAUGCUCAAACACGAAAUGUGUUUCCAUGAGCAAGAAGUGCAACGGUUUCAAGGACUGUGAAAACGGAGAUGAUGAAGAAAACUGCCCGCGUGAAACUAUGUGCGAUCCGGAUCAAUUCAGAUGCGGAACUGGUCUGUGUAUAGGAAUGAAUCAAGUUUGCGACGGAAAGAAACAAUGUUUGGACGGAUUGGACGAGGAACACUGCGAAGAAGAGAAGUGUCUCUUGGGCAGACAGUUCCGAUGCGAUGACGGAAAGUCUCCCUGUCUGGAUCUCAUUUUCCGUUGCGAUGGAGUCGCCGACUGUCAAGACUCAAGUGACGAAUCGGAGAAGUUCUGCAAAGAGGAAAAGCCGAGCUGUGGAAAGAUGAAUCAGUUCGAAUGCGCAGAUGGAAAGUGCCUCCGGAGCUUUGAAGUCUGCGACGGUUUUGCCGAUUGUCUGACCGGCGAGGACGAGAAAUACUGCCCGCCGAUUAUGUGCGACAGCACCACUCAUCUCAGCUGUUUGGUGAGCCAAAAGUGUGUCUCGAGGCAACUGGAAUGCGACGGAGUCGAUGAUUGCGGGGACAACACGGAUGAAGAGCACUGUCUCGAGAUCAGAACGGACGUCGCCGAUCUAAGAUGCCAAGCGCCGAUGUAUAAGUGUGACGGCGCAAAGUUCAAGUGCAUAUCCGAUCGUCAGUUGUGUGACGGAAAAGAUGACUGCGAAAAUGGGGACGACGAAGGACUGUGGUGUUCUUUCAAUUGCACGGACUCGCACGACAUUGGCUGCUCUCACACUUGCCGAGCCACUCCGAGCGGUCCGAUCUGCUCUUGUCCGGAAAGUCAUUAUCUGGAUAAGGACGGAGUUACGUGUACGAAGAAGGAUCCUUGCCGGUUCGGACAGUGCUCCCAGUACUGCGUUCCACAUGGCUCCCGCCACUACUGCUACUGCGCCGCUGGUUUCAAACUUGCCGCUGACAAGUUCUCGUGCGUGUCCGAUGAUCCAGAAAAGCCUUAUUUGAUAUACUCGAAUCGACAUGAAAUCCGGAUGAUCCAGUCGAAAUACCCGGGAAGCACUCCGCUGAUUUCGAACCUCGUGAAUGCAAUCGGACUCGAUUUCAAUUACCAUCAAAAUGGUUCAGUUACAGUCUACUGGACAGACCUGACUGCGGAUAAAAUUCAUGCGGGAUUAGUGGAGCAAAGAACCAUUCUCUACCCGAGGACAAUCGUUUCCUACGGAGUGUUCAAUGCGGAAGGCAUCGCAGUCGACUGGAUAACCGGCAAUGUUUACUGGAUCGACAGCACUCUACACACAAUUCAAGUUGUUUCGGACGAUGGAGCGAAGAGAGCUACAGUCAUAAGCGAGAAUAUGGGCAACGCACGGGCACUAACCAUCGACGUCGAAGAGGGAUUGAUGUUCUGGACGGACUGGCAGGAAGCGAGGCCGCGGAUCGAAAGAGCCACUUUGGCUGGGAAGAAUCGAAUGGUUAUCUGGAAGAUUCUCGACGUGGCAAACGCCGGAUGGCCCAACGGGAUCGCGUGUGACACUAUUUCGAAAAGAGUGUACUGGGUGGAUGCAAAAUCCGAUUCAAUUCAUACAAUCACCUAUGAAGGACAGGAUCAUGUGAUCGUGUUCAGAGACUCCGAGAGAUUAGGGCAUGCAUUCGGAAUCGAUGUGUACGAGGGACACGUCUACUUCACCGAUUGGCGGACGAAUACGAUCAGCAAAGUGGACAAGUGGGGCGGUGGAAACGUUUCGGUCAUCGAGAGAGUUGCCACUCAGCCGUUCUCCAUGAAGAUUGUGCACCGAUCGAAGCAGAAAAUGCAAUUGAAAAACGCGUGUGACGGAUUCGAAUGCAAUGGAAUCUGUCUGAUCGAUGGAAAGAACAAAGCGAGUUGUCAGUGCACGAACCUUCAAUGGAUCACGGACGAAGGGUGCGUCGACAUUAGCCAGACCAUUCUGAUCGCCUCGAAGAACACCGUCCGCGGAUUCUCCUCCACUCCUCCCCAUCCACAUGCGUUCCCACUUGUUUCCGGAAAACAGUUUGACAGUAUCAAAGCGGUCGGAAGUUUCAACAACAGACUGCACAUCCUCGACACGCUCAACAAUCAUAUUGUACUGGUGAACCUCACAGGAUCAGUUGAGGAUCAAGUGCUGGCCGAUGGUAGUGACGUACUGGGAGCGGGUGGAAUGGCUGUGGAUCCCGUACUUGGUAAUACGUACAUCACGGUCUCAACGGAUAUGGUUGGACGAGUCGAAGUGAUCAGUGCGGACGGGAGAGCAAAACGAGUGCUCGUGGAUUCGAGUACGCUGAGCGGAAUGAAGCUGCCGAAGGACAUUCUCUUCGUGAACUCAACUAAACAGCUGUUUUGGUUCGAUGAUAUCAGCAGACCUGUGUCAAUGUUCUCGAUGAAUGCGAACGGAAAGGAUCCCAAGAAGAUCCAGAUAAACUCGACACUUCUCGAGAAACUUUACAAUCCGGUGGUUGACCAGUUCAAUUCUAGACUCUACUGGAUCUCCCAGGGACGCGUUGUUCAGUUUAACCCCACGACGGAGCAACUGCAAGAGAUUCAAGUGCCGGGAGGAGACGGAAACGUGAGUUCGAUUGCCGUCGACAUGCAGAACGGAGACAUCCUCAUCGGAGAGUUCGUCAGGAUUGCCAAUCAAACAACGGUCAGAAGACUCGCAAUGAAGGGGACGAAGGCUACUCAGAGAGGAAGUGUGAUGCUUGUUCCCAUCCAUAGCUCGGAACGAUUCUUCUUGGCAACUGUGGAAACUGGCCCUGGAGCGGUGAAGCGAGUGCCGAAGGAGUGUGAAAGUUGUGAAUCAAUGUGUCUGAGAAAAUCUCCGGAAGGAUUCGAAUGCGUGUGUUCGCAAGGAUUCUUCAUGGAGGACGGGAAGUGCAAAUCUCCAGAGAAGAGGGUAUUCUGGAUCACUGAAUACGGAACCCUUCAAUCUGUCGGGUGGUAUAAGGAGGCAAAGACAGGAAAGACAAACCAAAUGAUGAGAGCCCACGCUCUGCACAGUGCCGUCGGAGACAUGAGGCUGCUCAAAAUCGCAGCAGAUGCCAAGAAGAACUUGGUAAGAUAGGAAAACAGGAAGUUAAAUUCUCGGUAAUAUUUACAGGUGUACGUCGUGAACCGAAUCAAUGAAGUGUGGAAGUGUGCAACGAACGGCUCAUUCGCCCACAAGAUCUACUCUACGAAUUCCCAUCGAAUCGCCGCGAUCACAGUCGACCGCGUGACCGGGUAUCUUUUGGUGUCUGCCCGAGAAGCCAACUCCGUGAAGGGAGUCAUCAUCGUUUUGGAUACGGAUAGGCAUGACGAGGGAAUGUACGCCGUUAUUGUGGAAGAUGAAGAGAAAGUGCCAUACGAGAUUGCAAUCGAUCCGCCCAAAGGGUCAGCUUCCCUUCAUGCCAAUCUUCAAUUGUAUUUCAUCUUUUCAGAAAACUAUUCUGGGCAAGCGCGAACUGCAUCAAAUCCUCCAACUAUGAUGGAAGCGGUGUCAAAUGCAUCGUUCCGAAGCCGUCCGUUUCCGCAAUCGCGGUCGACGAAGAUCGUUCACGCCUGUGCUACGUGGAUUCCGAGAAAGCUGCAGUUGACUGCGUUGACUACGACGGCGCGAAUGAGCAACGGAACGUGGCAAUGUUCAAACCGCAAGGACUCGGGGAGACUGUCAGUUUCGCUUUCAACAGAGACGAACUGUUCUUCUACGACAAGUUCAACAUGUCGGGAAGCAUCGUGAGAGGAGUCAUCCAGAAGGACAACACCUUCGUUUUGGUCGAUGCAGUCCUAAAGUCAUCGUCUCGGCAGAAGAUGCGACUGAACGAUUUGGACGUGAUGGAUACGAAGAACUCCAUCCUCUACACUGCAUGUUCGAACAACAACGGAGGCUGCGAGCAUCUGUGCAUAACCACUCCAUCCGGAACGUCCACAGUCAAAAAGGAGUGUGUCUGUGUGCAUUCUGUUCGUGGAGACGACGGAACGUGCGUGCCCAGUCGGACAUUCAUCGCCUUCACUCGCUUCCUUUCUAUCGAAUUCGUAUCCCCGCGACCAGAAGAUUUGGCUCCUCCGAAUCGAAGAAUUGGUUCUGAAACGUGUGUGAUGUCCAAGAUCGGAGCGGUCACAGCCGAUGCUUCAAGAGGGAGAAUCUACUUUGCCGAUUACGACAAGUUCCGCAUCUCAGCGGUCAACUUCGACGGCACCGGAUGCGUCGUAAUUGCAGAAGAUGUGGGGGUCAUUCCGAGUAUGGCCUACGAUGAAGUGCACCGAGAGCUGUACUUCAUCCGAGCCAAUCCUGCGAGUAUUUGGCGAAUUGAUCUGGCCGACAACAACUUAGAGGCGUAUCCGACCGAACCGAGGAUCGUUCUCACGCUGACCGUCAGGGAUCGUCCUCGUCACAUUGCAAUCCACCCGUGCCGAAUGCUUCUCUUCUUCACAAAUAACGCGAUCACUGGUUCCGUCAUUGAACGGGUUUACUACAGCGGGUUCAAGAGAGUCAGUUCCCAUCUGUUUGCAGGGUUCAAAUGUUUCGUUUGCAGGAGAUGGUAUUGCAAGAAGACCUUCACGAUCUCCGUGGACUUGCUCUCGAUCUCGACUCGGAUAAAGUUUACUUCUCGGACGCAAAAGAUUUCAAGGUCUCACGAUGUGAUUUCGACGGAUCUCACAGAGAGGUUACGAACUUCAUCGAACAUUUUGUAAUGGGUCAAAUACGUUUCAGAUGGUCGUUUCGAACACCGACAUCCAAGCGAUUCAUCCAUUUGAGCUGGCCAUCUAUGACGACGAAAUCAUCUUCACGGACUGGAUAAAAAAGACAGUUGGCGGAGUGAAUAAAAUAACUGGAAAUGAAGAAAGAACAAUCAAUCGAGCACUCGAUGUGCCGGUCGGUCUCGUCGUGGUCGAUGUGGACAGAGAAUACUGUAAGUGCUCAUGAUAUUUCAAAAUGUUCCAAGUUUUCCAUUGCAGGUGCGUCUGAUCCUUGUUCUGGAAACGACAUGAAGUGCGAGGAUUACUGUAGGUUGAUGGCGGACGGACAGCCGACGUGUGCUUGUAAUGGAGAACGACGGCUCAAUGCGGACAACAGAACAUGCACAGGAGGUGAGAGAACUGGAAUUGCAAUAGAUUCUUAAGGAAAGGUUACAGAUCUGGCGGGCAAGAAAUGCGCUGAAAAUGAGUUCAAAUGCAUGCAUUCGGACCUCUGCAUUCCAUACGAUGAGACCUGCGAUGGCUACAACGAUUGUCCGAUUCACGACGACGAAGAUACUAUCUACUGUUCGACUCGAAGCUGCCGUCCCGGUUAUUUCGCGUGUGGAAACGGACUGUGCAUUCCGGAGCAGAAAAGGUGUAACAGAGUGAACGACUGCUCCAAUUACGCGGACGAAUCCAACUGCACGUGCCGAGUCGAAGAGUUCCAGUGUACGUCCGGCGCGUGCAUUCCGUCGAAAGCGAGAUGCGAUCACACGCAGGACUGCAACGACGCGAGUGACGAGAUCGGUUGUCCGUUCCGCAACUGCUCGGAUCUCUCCGAAUACGGAAUGAAGGGACUCAUCAACUGUGCGACCACUUCGCAGUGCAUUCUGCCUUCGUGGAAGUGCGACGGACGCAACGAUUGCUUCGAUGGUUGGGACGAAAAAGACUGUUUGGUUGAGUUCGACGCGGCGGGCGCCAGUGUUUCUCCGCCGAAGAAGUGCGAUCCGCAGACGCACUUCGCCUGUCUGGCCACGAGAACUUGCAUGCCGAAGCAUUGGAGGUGUGACGGACAGCCGGAUUGUGCGGAUGGAUCGGACGAGAAAGACUGCACUCCGAAGAAAUGCACUUCUUUCGAAUUCAGUUGCGAGUCUUCGAAGAAGUGUAUUCCUCUGGAGCAAAAAUGCGACGGAAGGACUGAUUGUCCGGGCGGCGAAGACGAGCAAGCGUGCGAAACGGAGUGUGACUCCACUGGAAAUGCGACGUUCCGCUGCACAAAUCAUAGGUGCAUUCCGAUGGCGUGGCGAUGUGACGGAACCGACGAUUGCAUGGACAACGCCAAGUCUCUCGGAUCGGAUGAAAUGGACUGCGAAACAGGCAAGACGAGCUUCAACGUUCCUUCCCGUUGUGCCGACGAGGCGUGCGUCGUGGCGUGUGAAUUGACGGCAGUUCUGUGCGAUGGAAUCAAAGACUGCAGUAAUGGAUUCGACGAGGAGAACUGUGCGUCUCUGGACAGACAUUGCAAGCCGAAUGAGUGGAUGUGCAAUAGCGGUCAGUGCAUUCCUUCCGGGAAAGUGUGCGACGCUUCCGUUGAUUGCAUCGAUGGAUCCGACGAAUGGGUGGACAUUUGCUCUCUGUCGGAGCCGCCGAGAAGAGGAUGUGCGAAUGGAUGGACGUGUGCUCUCAAGAACGGAACGAUUGGAUGUCUGGAAGAGAAACAGUUGUGCGACGGAAGAAUUGACUGUAUGUCUGGGUAAGAGACACCUCUGCUUCAUGAUUCUCAUUUCUUUUUUUGUAGACUCGACGAGCAAUGCUAUCUGCCUCAGGGAAACUGCUCAAACUCUCGCAAUUCCUGCGAACAGCCAUGGAACUGCCAACGGCACGCCGGAUUCGAGACUUGCUCCUGCGACGAGGGAUUCCAUCUGUCCCCGUACGACCAGGCCUCCUGCCUCCGUUCUCCGUCCUGUCCGAUGGCCAACUGCUCUCAUUUCUGCGUUGAUCGUCGAGAUAUAGGCCAUCAGUGCUUCUGUGCCCCUGGCUACAUUCUGGCCGAUAAUGGAAAGGACUGUCGAAGAAAUGACACAAUCGAACCGGAAAUACUCAUGGUCUACGGCCAUCGACUCAAACUUUUCACGAUUGACGGACACGCCAAAGCAACGCUCCUCUCCAAUCUGACAAACGGAGUUGCUCUCGAUUACGACGUCAAGAGUGAUUUGAUCUAUUGGACGGAUGUGACCCACAAUGGAAACAAGGCCGGAAUCACUUCGAUGAGCAAUCAGCCGAACACCUACAGGAUCAUCAGCUCUCUGCCGACUAAGGGAAUCGAUGGAAUCGCAGUGGACUGGCUCGGAAGGAACAUCUACUACACCGAUAGAAAUCAUGAUGCGAUUGCUGUCAGCGACAUGAAAGGCCGGUUCAACAAGAUUCUUCUGAAGGGCAGUCCUCUCAACGACCCGCGAGCAAUUGUCCUAGAUCCUCUGCACGCUCUGCUUUUCUGGACGGACUGGGGAACAUCUGCACAUGUCGGGAGGAUGAAUAUGGACGGAUCGGAUGUGCAAGUCAUUCUGCAAGACAGAACUAUACGUUGGCCGAAUGCUUUGGCUGUCGAUGCUCCUGCUCAACGUCUCUAUUUCGGAGAUGCUCAUCGGGAUUACAUUGCCUCUUGUAACUACGAUGGAACAAAGAGACGAAUGGUGCUCCGAAACUCCGUUCGACAUAUUUUUGCACUCGCGAUCUUUGAAGACUUCCUGUAUUGGAGUGAUUGGCAUAAUCAUACAAUCGAACGGAUUCACAAGAUUACCGGAAACCAGCGGAAAGUGCUCAUUCAAGAUAAGCAGUAUCGUCCGAUGGGCUUCAAGAUCGUCCAUCCGUCUCUGCAAAGUCUGGGUAGCCUCAAGACGGCUAAACACCCUUGCUCUCAGCCGGCUCGAUGUGACAACCUGUGCAUUCCGGCAAAGACUCCCGAUGACUUCACUUGCAUGUGUGCUCAGGGAUUCCGUGCCGAAGGAAGAUCUUGCAAGUCCGAGUGCAAACCGAACGAUUUCGUUUGCACGAAAACCUACAAGUGCAUUGCUCCAUGGUGGAGGUGUGAUGGACAGGAUGACUGCGGAGACGGAGAGGAUGAAGGAUACUUCGUGAAGGGCGUCUGCCCGCCGUUCCCGUGCGACGCCGGCCAGUUCAUGUGCUCGAAGACAGCUCUCAACGCUACCGCUCAAUGUCUAUACGCUUCGAAACUGUGCGACGGAACGAAAGACUGUCUCCUUGGCGAUGACGAAGAUUCAAAGUUCUGUGAGAAUUUCGAGUGCACAGAAGCGCAGUUCAAGUGUGGAGACAAAAAGAAAUGCAUUCCGCUCACUUCUGUCUGUGAUAAAAAGAAGGAUUGUGACGAUGGAUCGGACGAAAAGGAAUGUGAAAUCAAGUCAUGCGAGAAGGGAUUCUUCGCGUGCAUCAACCAAACCACAACUCAGAUCAGUCAGUGCAUUCCGAAGGACUUCUACUGUGAUGGGGAGGACGACUGUGCAGAUGGACAGGACGAGCCGGACACUUGCUUCGGAAUAGGAGAGUGCACACACGAGCAGUUUCAAUGUGACAGUGGAAAGUGCAUUCCGAAGCGGAGCAGGUGCGACGGAGAGUUGGAUUGCCGAGAUGCUUCGGACGAAAGAGGAUGCUCGAAGGAAUGUCCUCUCAUCUGUGACGACAAUUGUGUGCAUGCCGACGAUCUGUGCAACGGUGAGAAGAAGUGCAGCGACGGAUCGGACGAGGACGAGAACGCGUGUGCGACGAAGAAACUUCUGGAGAAGAAUAGUUUGAGAAGGUGUGGCGGCUUCGCGUGCGAUGGAAUUGUCGACUGUCCGGACGGAUCGGAUGAGUACGGAUGUCCGGAUCUGAAGUGUCAUUUGACAAUGAAUGAAUCUUUGAUUUGCGACGGAAAAGUGGACUGCGACAGUGGAAGGGACGAGCACAACUGCUUCGGUCACCGCGACGACAACUUCGAUCCCUUCCACUGCUCCAAGCAAUACAUCAGUGCGUGGCAAGUAUGUGACGGACGAUGGGAUUGUGCAGACGGAUUGGACGAGUCGUCCGAAAUGUGCAACACUCGAAAGGCAGAUUGCAUGCGUGCCAGUUCGUGCAACGAUCGGAAGCAGUGCUUCGAUGUGAGCACUGGACUUUGUGAUGGAAUCAAAGACUGUACGGACGGAAGUGACGAGACCACGGUCCAUUGCAGAGACAUGUGCAAAGGAAAGUUCAAAUGCACGAACGGAAGGUGCAUCGAUAAGAGUGCGAGAUGCGACGGACGUGAUGAUUGCGGCGAUGGAUCGGACGAGGACACGUGCGGUCUGCAGUGCCAGCACUUCGGGGUCUGUCCUCAGAAGUGUUGGAUCGCCUACAAUACAACGGCGCGUUGUCACUGUGCUCCAGGAUACGCCAGAACGAAACAUGACCCUCUCAGUUGUGAGCCCACUUCAAAAGCCAUUGAAAUGUUCCUUUCGAACGGAAAGAUGAUGCAUCUGAUAAUGGUGGACAAUGCUGUUCUCCGGCCCAUCUUCAACUUCAAACUUGACUUUAUUCCCGGAGGAAUCGACUUCGGUUACGAUAUUUUCCGAGCCACUUUGAUGUAUACCAUCGAGAAAGGCAAUGGAAUUGUGGAUGUGAGAACGAAGAAAUGGUCGGAAGGAGAUCUGAUGAAGUCGUGGGGAGAAGACACGGAUGAGAGUUCUGCCGCUCUCCUCGCCUACGAUUUCAUGAACAGUAACGUCUACUUUUCCGGAGCCGCCGAUCCAUUCGAUAACUUUGUGUUUGACCUUCAAACGAACAUUUAUGUGGCAAAAUCGAGCAACACUCGCACCCGAACGCUCAUCAUCAAUUCGACCGGAAUCAUCACUUCCUUGGCUGUCGAUCCGAUGAGACGCCUUGUGUUCUGGACGACAGACACAGCUGUCCCUCGGAUAUUAUCUGCUCGCCUGGAUGGAACUCCAAUUCACAAGAGUAAUCCGAACACUCAACCACACAGACCUCUUGUAGAACUCAACAUAUUCGACCCGCGAUCGUUAACAGUGGACUCUCCGAAUGAAAGAAUCUACUGGAUUGACAGCUUCAAAAGGACUGUGGAAACGGUCACAUUCGAAGGCAAAGAUAGGCGAAUCGUGCGGAAGUUCGAGCUGUUCGACGUUCCCGUUGCCAUGGAUCUUCUCGGAGGAUACAUUUAUCUAGUGACCAAUCAAGGAGCGAUCUACAAAAUGCACAAGUUCACCGGGAAGCUGACCAAGUUCCCGCAAACCAUCAGAGAUGUCUCUCCUCGUCUGAAACUUCGAGUCGCCCAUCCCGCAAAGCAUACCGUCUCUCACGUUGUACACCAACAGAAUCCAUGUCAAUCGGAUUACUGUCCGGCUGAAACAGUCUGCAUUCCAGAAGAAUCGGUGAGUUUUUCAUCAGAGUGUACUUCUAAGCUCAUCAUUUCAGAGCGAUGGAACUCUCGUCCCGAAAUGUCUCUGUGGACCGAACAGAUUCUUCGAAGUUUCCACGAAAAAGUGUCAGAGAGUUGAGGAGAAGGAUCAGGAAGCAAUGCGUGAGUAAACUCAAUUCAUCGCUAUUGCCUCUCGGUGUUUGCAGACCCAAGCCAAAAUUUCCUGAAAUUAGGCUUGAGUCUGCGAACACCGAGGGGGCAAGAGCGGUAAAUUGAGCAUAGCAUCUACUCCCCGUGUCCACCUAAUGUCAAAUGCUUCCAGAGUGCGGCGACUACUUCUGCUACAACAAUGCCAUCUGCCAUCCGCUCACCAAAGAGUGCAUUUGUGCUCAUGGAUUUUAUGGAAAACAAUGCGAGGUGAGAAAAGAUAGUGCUAGUGUAACAAGAUAGAACACAUUCGAAACUCUAGAUCAACGAGUGCUCCGAGUCCUGCUGGAACGGUGAGACAUGUGCAGUCGCACUUCACGGCACCGAAAGCAUGGGAAUCGUGUGCGAGUGCUCGGAAGGCUUCAUGAAUGCAGCUUGUUCGACGCACGUCUGUCAUGGGACGUGUGGUCCCCGCGGAACAUGUCGUGUUUACGAGUGCCCCAAAGACCAUCCAAACUGUCAACCGUACACUUUCUGCGAAUGCGACGAGGGGUGGACUGGUCCCCAAUGCAGGCACAAAAAGGACGCGUAUCUCUGCUCGGGACACUGCUUCAACGGCGGAGACUGUGUGUCCGGGGAGACCGCGGCCGAUACAAAGUGCGUGUGCACACCUGGAUUCGUCGGAGAUCGUUGUCAGAACUGCGACGCCCAUCAGUGCAUGAACGGAGGCUUCUGUGCCUACGUUCCUUCCAACAAAUCCCUGUCCCAUUGCGUUUGUCCAUCCGGUUUCACUGGCCUCAACUGCGAAGAAUAUCUGUGCAAAGACGCGUGUCCGUUCGGCUCCAAAUGCUCGUACGACGUCACCAAGCCCCUCGACCCGAUCAAAUGCUUUUGUGAGCCAAACGCGGCGGCCCACAACGCAGACUGUGCUCCAAUUUGUCAUCAAGAACCGAACUGGUGCCACAACGGAGGCACGUGCCUCGACAUGCCCGGAUUGCCCGGAAAGUGCAAGUGCCCGCCUCGAUUCACGGGACCUCGCUGCGACAUUUCCCUCACGUGCGACGAUUACUGUACAAACAACUCGAAAUGCACCGAAAUCAACGGAACUCACUUCGAGUGCGAGUGCAAGCCCGGCUUCAAAGGAGUCCGUUGCGAGAAGGAGACGCGUUGCAGUGAGUGCGAAAACGGAUCCAAGUGCAUCAAGAAGCCGUCGGGCACAGUCUUCUGCGAAUGCCCGCCGGGCCUCGGAGGAGACACUUGCGGAGAGAUAACUGCGAAGACGUGCCGCGGAAUCACUUGCCUUAACGACGGAUUCUGUGCAGAGCCGGGAGGUAUCCACAAGUCUCCCGCAUGUCUGUGCACGCCAGGCUACGAAGGAGCUCUCUGCGGAAAGCACAUCUGCGACAACUUCUGCCAUCACGACGGAAAGUGCAUUUAUGACAACGACCUCGAGCCGCGGUGUCUCUGCGCGGACACGUUUCACGGAGAUCGCUGUCAGUACCGCAUUCUCAAGAAAGGACCGCGUGUCGUGGAAGUCGAAUCCUCCUGGAGCAGUAAGUGCAGACUGUCGAGAGCGAAGACGAAUGAAAUGUUUUUGCAGAGAAUAUCAUAAUCAUUGCCAUCGUCAUCCUCACGAUUCUAAUAAUUAUCGGAAUAAUUGCAAACAAAUCUACCAGGUAUUCAAACAUUUCAGAAAGUCACUCCUUCACUUCUGAUUCCUUCCAGAUUCACAGUGUUCCGCCAAUUCCGUCACAAUCCGCUGCAAAAUCAGGGCACGCCCGUCGAUCAAUUCAGCAAUCCGGCGUAUUUAAUCGACGAAGGCGGAAUAGAACUAGUCACUCAGAAUACGAGUCUGGUCUCAUCUCACGAUGUAAGCGAACCAAAGUGUCGUUCGGUGGAGCACAAUUCCGUUUCUUUGCAGCGGGGAUCGUUCAACAAUCCGGUUUUCGAGCAAGAAAUGGUUCCUAUUUACAACGACACUGUCGAGAAUCACGAGCUUCUGCCUUCCAGUUAA